GCAUGCGGGACCUGGACUUCAGGGGGCCAAAGACGCAUCGAGCACGCGGAACAGUUCCCGCAACACACUUCCUGUCCUCCUGCACGAGCUCCACAUUACUUUUUUUUUUUUGAGGAGGGGUAAUCUGUCCGCCUGAGACCGGUGUUUGUUUUCCUUUCCUUCCUUAACUCCAUCAGCGGCCCUUAACUUUUAUUUAUUAGACGGUUUGGAGAAGCGCGCGGUUGGCACGCGGGCCGCAGACUGCAGAGGAGACUGAGGUAAGAGGAGGAGGAGGAGGAGGAGGAACCGGGAAGGACUUUAGAAGCGAAGACAGAGAGAGAGAGAGAGAGAGAGAGAGAAAUAGAUAAUAAAGCAAAGGAGACUUUAUUUCCCGAGCCAGGACAAAGCCGCCGUUGUCGUGUGCGCGUUGAAGAAGGAAAGAGAGAGAGAGCGAGCUAUAGCUGGAUAGAGAGACAGAUAGAGGGAGGGAGAGAAGCGUCCCGAGCUGAAGUCACGGAUCUCUCUCUCUCUCUCUCUCUCUCUCUCUCUCUCUCUCUCUUUUGUGUUCUACUGCAUUGCAGUUUAAACCCGGUGCAAAGCGAAAGAGAUCGGCGCGCGCGCCGUGCAGCAUCUAAAUGAACCGGAGAAGGAGAGAAAAACCCGGUACCGAUCUCCUCGGAUCUUCUUAUUUAUUACAGACAUGAAUUUUCGUUGAAGAGGGUUUUUGUGUUUUUGUUUUAACGCGAUCAUCUUGCACGUGCAGACGUGACUGGAACAACUAAGGAAGUGCACGAUCAUCUAAAAAAACCCACUACAAGCAGAGACUGAAAAUUAUUCCUGGAACUGGAGCAAGCUGCAGAGAGAUAAAGAGAGAGAGAGAGAGAGAGAGAGAUGGGGAGCCUGAGCGUUGGCGCAGUGAACACGCCGCUCGGCUGCUACCUCGUGCUCGUGCUGCAGCUGCUGACUCAGGUCCAUUCAGCGCUGCGCUACCGGGUGGCUGAAGAAGGUCCGGCAGAUGUGCGCAUCGGCAACGUGGCCAGCGACCUCGGGCUCGCGACGUCCGGAAUUGGCACAGGAGAUGUGACUUUUGCCCUGGAAUCUGGAGCAGAGUACUUCAAGAUAGACAACGUGACAGGUGAGCUGACCACCAGCACCCGGCGUAUAGACCGCGAGAAGUUACCUCAGUGUGCCAUGAUCUUUGACGAGAACGAGUGCUUCUUGGACUUUGAAGUUUCCGUGAUCGGGCCUCUCCAAAGCUGGGUGGAUCUUUUCGAAGGCCGUGUCGUCGUGACCGACAUCAACGAUAACACGCCGUCGUUCCCGUCUCCGAUGCUUACUCUGGCCGUCGAGGAAAACAGACCCAUCGGAACGCUUUACCUUCUCCCGACAGCUACGGACCGCGACUUCGGACGCAACGGUAUCGACCGCUACGAGCUCGUGCACCAGGAUGCCAUUUCCGGGUCGCGCCGACCCAAUCCCAGCAUGGCCACCGGAACUGAACGGAAUGGUGGUGGUGAGAGGAGGCGUGUCCAGGAGGCUGGGCCUACACAAAAUGGCCGGAGCAACAGUGUCUUUGAGUUGCAAGUUGCCGAUACACCUGAUGGACAGAAACAGCCACAGUUGAUUGUUAAAGGCCCACUGGACCGAGAGACGCGCGAUUCCUAUGAGUUAAUUCUCAGAGUACGAGAUGGUGGAAAUCCACCACGUUCGUCUCAAGCGCUGCUUCGUAUCUCCAUCACCGAUGUUAAUGACAACAAUCCACGCUUCGAAAGGACUGUUUAUGAAGCUGAAAUGGCAGAAAACACACCUCCAGGAACACCUGUACUUCAGGUGCGAGCUUCAGAUCGUGAUGUUGGUGUAAACGGACAGGUGGAAUAUGUUUUUGGUGCCGCAACAGAAUCCGUACGCCGGUUACUUCGCCUCGACGAGGCCUCGGGUUGGCUCAGCGUUUUGCACCGUAUCGACCGAGAGGAAGUUUCCCAACUUCGCUUUAUAGUAACUGCAAAAGAUCGAGGCCAGCCACCUCGAACGGACCGUGCCACAGUGAUACUCAGUGUACGAGAUGAAAAUGACAACGUUCCUGUUAUUGAUAUCCGCAAAAUCGGACGCAUCCUUGUACGAGACGGCGCUGCUAUGGUACCCGAGAAUGUUCUAGUGGACACUCCUGUAGCUUUGGUCCAAGUUUCGGAUCGUGAUCAAGGAGAAAAUGGUGCUGUGACUUGCACGGUGGUGGGGGACGUCCCAUUUACGCUAAAACCUGCAGGAGAAAAUGCGCUGGCUCCUCCUCCAGCUGGUGAUGAUGCCUUUGAACGAAACAAAAAGAAGUUCUUCCUUCACACUUCGGCGCUUUUGGACUAUGAAACUACAAGGGAUUACAUGGUCACGAUUGUUGCGGUGGAUUCUGGAAGUCCGAGUUUGUCCAUUAACAGCACUUUGAUGGUGCGAGUGGUGGAUAUAAAUGAUCACGCGCCAACAUUCGCUCAAAAUCUAGUAGAAGUUCAUUUUGCUGAAAACAACACACCAGGGGAGCGAGUGGUCACCAUAGUUGCGUCCGAUGCUGAUAGCGGAAAAAAUGCAGAAAUCGCAUAUUCCCUGGAUCCAUCUGUGAACGGUGCGUUUUACAUAGACACAGAUAAUGGAGAUAUACGUGCGGCCGGAGUGUUAGAUCGAGAACAACGUGAUAGAUAUGAGUUCCGUGUAAUAGCAAGAGACAAGGGUAGUCCAUCUUUACAAGGUUCUACAACAGUUGUCGUCCAGAUAACGGAUAGGAAUGACAAUGCUCCAAAGUUCGUCCAGGACGUCUUCAUGUUUUAUGUCAAAGAGAACUUGCUUUCCAACAGCCCCGUGGGUAUGUUGACUGUUACAGAUGCAGAUGAUGGGGAGAAUGCGGAGUUGAGUUUGUUUGUGGAGGAAGAUGAUGAUGAUGAAGAGGAAAAUGAAGCAGGAAGUAGAAAGCAGGAAACGUUAAUCAAGACAUUCUCUAUUGAGAACAACACCGGAACCAUCUUUUCUGCGUUGUCGUUUGACCGUGAGCGCCGCAGCACGUAUAAAUUUCGUGUUCGGGCCAUAGAUGGAGGUGACCCGCCUCGAUCUGCGACUGCCACAGUCUCUCUCUACGUAACGGAUGAAAAUGACAAUGCUCCAUCUGUCAUUGCCCCGUCUAACGAUUCGUACACAUUCCUCACCCCGUCCAGCAGCGCUCGGACUGUCGUGAGCACCAUAAAGGCCUUGGACAGUGAUGCUGGGUCCAACGCAGACCUACGCUAUGCUCUGAUUGGUGGAAACCCAUUCCAUCUGUUCGAGAUCGGCCCAAGCAACGGUGUCAUCACGCUGACGGAACCAUUGGAGAGACGACACCGAGGACUUCACCGACUGGUGGUACGAGUGAACGACAGUGGAGUUCCCUCACUGUGUGCCACGGCGCUCAUCCACAUCUUCGUCAACGAGAGUCUCACUAAUGCCACCCUGGUGGACGCUCAGGUGGCACGCAGUUUGGGGGUCCCCCUGUCCUUGGACAUUGCAGGCGACCCUGAUAAUGAGCGGAUUCUGGGUAAGCAGCGUCUCAGUGUGGCGAUUGGCGUGCUGUCUGGUGCGGCUGCUGUGGUUCUCAUCAUCCUGCUGGUUUUGACGGCGCGCCAGUGCGGUGCACUUGGGAAGAAUGGCUAUGAGGCGGGAAAGAAAGAACCGGAGGAGGACUUCUUCACGCCCGUCCACCCUCCCAGCCGCCGCCUGAGAAAAAAAAAACGUCGCGACGCAGAGAAACGUGACGUCCGGUCCAAAUCUGAGCGAUCGCUGUAUGCCGGAAUCGUCACAGUGAACAGCUGCAGACGUACCGAUGAGGAAGAAGAAGAGGAAGAAGAAGUAGAGGAGGAACAGGAAGUAAGUCAGCGCAUCGGAGCUAGGCGUCACCGCUCCAGUCCUGACCUGGCUCGUCAUUACAAAUCGAGCUCUCCAUUACCUGCCGUCCAUCUGCAGCCCAACUCGCCGCCGGUGGAGGGGAAGAAGCACCAGGCCGUGCAGGAACUUCCUCCCACAAACACCUUCACCGGGAAUGGGAACGGGAACGCUGACGCCAUGUCGCUCAGCUCUGACCAUUGCUCUGACUACAGUUGCCACAACAACAAAUACAGCAAACAGCCAUUGCGCAGGGUGACAUUCUCUGUGGCGACAGAUACUGGUUGCUAUGACAGUGGGGUGGACGAGUCGGAGACACCGAGCAGUAAGAGCAGUAAGAUCGGUGUCCUGUCUCUUCCUGAAGAUGGCUAUGAGAGAACAACACCUGAGGGCAGUGUGGGGGAGGAGGAGCACGUGGAGAACGACUCAAGGCAGCUCCCCGAUGUGGCAUUAACGGGAAAAUGCACUCGUGAUUGUGGUGAGUAUGGCCACUCUGACACCUGUUGGAUGCCUGUGCAGUCAUCACCACGGAGACUCCAAGGCAAUGGAGCACCACGGCAACGCUUGUCCAGCUUCACAUCAGCAGGUGAUGACAAUAACAAUCACGACAACAGCGAUCAAGAGGAAGAAGGAGAGGAGGAGGAUGGCUCGGACCAAGGCAGCGGAGGAGGUGGAGCCGAUGACAAACACAGUCCUCUGGCUAAUGGUGAUCCGCUCGCAAGCCGUCGCCAUGGUGACCGCAACAGGAACAUCGGGGAUCACAAUCGGAACCUGUUGAACCGCAAGAUGACAUCGGCAUCCUAUGACACCUUUAGCAGCGCUAGAUUUGGAGCUCAGUGCCAUGGUGAUGACUCAGAGGUACCCCGUCCACAUGAGGUUAUUCCACUGACCCGGGCAGGGGGAGGAGACUUCAAAACAACAUCAUGCCUGACACUAUCACGCAGGGAAGUUUAUCUGUGAGGAACAUCUGAGAUACAAACUCGCACUUAAACAACAAACUCACCUGAGACACAAACCCACACCUGAGAUACGAACUCGUACCUGCUAUACAAACUUGCACUUGAUAAUACAAACUCACCUGAUAUAUGAACUCGCGCCCAAGACACAAACUCACACCUGAGCAACAAAUUCACCUGAGAUAUGAGCUCACACAUGAAUUUACAUCUAAUAGAUGAGGUCUUAUCUGAACCCUGAACUCGUCCUGAGGUACAAACAGGAAGUUCCAAGAGAGCACCUGAUCUGAACACUUGAGCUACAAAUCUCUACCUGAGAUAUGAAGUCACCCCUGAGAAAGGAAUUUUCACUUAUGCUAGGAAUCUGAGCCUUAAAAUCAAACUUCACAUCUAGGAGGUGAAGAACCUGAGCUGCUGGUUCUCACCUGAGCUACCAAUUGGCAUCUUAGUUACAAGAUCACAGCUAAGCAAGAAACUUACACCUGAGUCACAUUCACAUCCAAAAUCUGAAAGUUGGACAGCACCUGAAACUCCAAAUGCUCACUUGAGAUGAGAAUUCCCACCUGACAUCUGAGACGAUGCAGGAGAUAGAAAUUUGAUACAAAGUGCUGAGUUCACAUCACACCUGAAAUCUCUCACCUGACCUUACAAUACAGAGCUAUCAGUUCUGACUGGACCUACCAAAACAUAUCUAAGCUACCAGUUCUGACUUAAGUUACUAAUUCACCCAAGCUAGAAAUCCUCACCUGACCAGUCCUCACCUGGGCUACUAGUCCUCACCUGACCAGUCUUCACCUGACCAGUCGUCACCUGGGGUACCAGUCCUCAACUGACCAGUUGUCACUUGGGGUACCAGUCCUCACCUGACCAGUGUUCACCUGAGCGACCAGUAGUCAACUGGGGUACCAAGACAGACCUGAGCUACUAAUACACACUUGAGCGACUUGAACUAUGAAUUCUCACCUGAGCUACCAGUUCUCACCUGCACAAUUAGUUUUUACCUGAGCCACAAACUCAAACCUGGAAUAAAAAUCAUCACCUGUUUCGGAUGAGUUUCAGGAAUUUCAGCAUUUAUGCUCUGGAACUGAACGUUUUUCAUCUCAUCAUUUCUGUGGAUGAAAAACAAAAGCGGAGUUGAGGAUUAGGAAUGAGUCAUCUCACAGACUAUACAGAAGUGGCGAACUAUUGAAGAAAAACUGUUGAACGUUGCAUGUUUGAUCUCCUGGAGAUGGAAAAAAAAUCUGAAAAAAAAAUCAAGGAUUUGAAAUGAAUUUAUAAACUGUAUUACUUUUAGGGCUUUAAAAGACUUUAAAAGUAAUGAGCUGCAUGUUUGGCCUCCUGUAGACAGGGGGCGAUGUUGAGAAAGGGAGAGAGAGCUUUUACGGAACUGAAUCCGGCAUGGUGAACCCAGUGGACGCGGUGGCCUCCUCUGACAUCAUCCUUACAGAAAGUACCGAAAGUUUUAGUGUUAAGCUAACUUUAUUUUAGCCUGAUCGUAAGUAGCUAACUAACAGACAACACUUGGUGUAAUGCUAACCAGCUAGAUAUAUUUAUUACCUCAUUUCAAUGAGCUAUUAUCCAGCUAGCUGUUUAUGUUUAGCUAACAUACUUCAAUAACGCUGUGUUGUUGUUUAAAAGCAAGCUAGCUUAAGGUAGCAAAAAAACAAAAAAAUCAAAACAAACCUGAGCUAUGCGGAUGAUUUCAGUCAGUGAACAGUAUUCAUGAUGUCAGGAAGGACUACUAUGCACAUCCUGAUUUUGACUGACAGGUGUCUCUGGAUCACCUUGGGCGGAGCUUAGGUUAAAUGUGCCAACUAAUCAGCCAAUCACAAAUUUCAUGAUGUGACCCCAUUACCUGACUUUCAUUUUUUUUGGCUGGACAUCAAUUUAGCGUAAAAUUUUCAGUUCUACACAGCAAUCGCUAAGCUACGCAACUACCUACAUGCAGUACAGCGCUAACAUUCGCUAAUUAGCUGAAGUUUGUGAUCAUUAGGUAAACUAUUGUAUUGUGUAAGCAAAUAAUUAAGCAUGCAAACUUAUCAUAAUGUUUUCAUGAAGUUUAUGAAUGGCUGAACAAAUUUACAUUAAGCCCCACCCCUGCUGACCCAAGUUCUCCUGUCGCUGGGAGUAAUCAGGACAUGUGAUCUCCACAGCCAAUCAGAGACGUGAAGUGUAAAGUGAAGUAAAAAAAAAAAAAGUUAAAACAAUCAUUUAGCACUUAACCAAUCAAAUGUAAGUAUUCAAAUGAUAUUAAAAUCAGCUUUUAUAGAAUCAGUAGACAAAAGAAGACAAAAAUUCAAGAUGUUUCUUCUGUCCUUUUUUCGUGGAUGACACACAAAAUGGAGCAAAUUUGGUGGAUGACACACAAAAUUGGACGCCGUUCGUAAAAGACUGAAAAACAAAACAAUGAAAAAAAAUCACAAAAUCACGUUGAACUUUGACAAAACACAGAAACAACAAAAACAGAAUGAAAAAAGGAACUGUAGUUUCUUCAUUAGCCACGUUUUCUUCAACAACUACACACACACACACACACACACACACACACAUAUGCUACAUAUUAACCAUCAUAAGAGGAAUUAGCUGUAGCAUUUUGCCUGCUUAAUCUUCACACAUUAUUGGAGUAAACUAAUCCUCCGUUUAAGUGCAUACAGAAUUUCAGGGCAUUAACUAUUAAAACACUAUGAUAACAAAUUUUGUCUGUUUUUGUUUGUUUUUUUGUUUGUGUUUUGUUUGUUUAAUGUAGGUAAACCAAAUUUCUGUAAAGAUGACACUGCAUGCCUAUAAGCUAACGCUAAUUUUUAUAUAAAAAAUUAGAUCCCAAAGGGAUUUAAUCUCUUUAAAAAAAAAAAGUGUGUGUGUGUGUGUGUGUGCGUCCAGAUACAGGAUAUCCAAAUCAUAAUUGCAUAAAAAACACCUGCACUUUUAUUUUUAUCUUAUUGAUUAUAACAGAUUUCAUGAUGUAAUGUCAUUAUGAAUCAUGUUUUUAAUUGACCAAUCCCAAGUCCUGCCUCAUUUACCAAUCCCAAGCCCCGCCUCAUUUACCAACCCCCAGCCCCGCCCCAUUUAAACUUCUUCCAUGUAGAAUCCUUUUAGGAAACUAAAGCUGUCCAAGGAAAGAAGAGGAGAACCACAGUAAAGUCAAGUGAGCCUGCUCUUAUAAAGAACAGUUCUUAUAGGGUUCUUCAAAGGUUCUUUGGAUGGUUGACAGUUCUAGAUUCUAAAGCAGUUCUACUUAGAACCUUCUGUCAAAAGGAAGCCCUCUGUAUUACAAAGAAAAAUUAAUGGACAAACCCAAGAAUCAAUUAUUGUUCUAUCUACUGUUUUUUCCCCCCCUCAAAGUGUAACAUUGAUUUAAGGUUCUUGAAUGGUUGCAAAUUCUAACUUUCUCAUGGCAUUCUGCUUGGAAAUCAUAAGAAAUUAUCAUAAGAACAUAAGAAACUUAAAUAAGAAACAGGUUCCAAGCUGAAGAACCUUUGUAAACAUAUAGUCAGUCUAAGAUGUGUGUUCCUACCCUGUUGACAGACUUCAGGUGGACAGAGUGCUUUAGAAUAAAAGGUCAAAUGUAGAACCCUUAAAGGUUUUUCAAUUGUUCCUCUGGGAGAACCCUUAAGGGUUCAAUAAAAAAAACACAAAAGAAGAUGUUUCCCAAAGUGUUCCAAACUAGAACUUGUAGGAAGAUAAUGCUUAUCUAUCCAAAGGAACCCACUGAAGAACCCUUUUUCUAACUGUGUCUUCAUUGUUGAUGUUCUGUCUUAAUGAAAGGGUUCCUCAGGGGUUCUUUGGAUACUUGUGGGGUUUUUGCUUCUUAAAUGGGUUUUGCUUGGGAGCUUUUCUAUAAGAGAAACCCUGACUUGUUGUAGGGUUCUACAGAGAAGUAUUUAGAUUUUCCUUAAAGCCACAAACAAAAUGUUUGAUUAAAAAAAACACAAAAAACAAAAAACAAAAAAAAAAACCCUUAUACUUAAAAUGUUCCUUAAGGGUUGUUUAUGGCCUGCUGUCUAUCUGUUCUGUGGUUCUCCAUAAACUGGAGAACACUUUCAGGUUCAUUUAUGAUUUUUCAGAAUCAUAAAUGAGACCGCAACAAAGACAAGGAGUGGGCAGGGUUUAAGGUCAGUCAGUUGAUUUAUGAGUGGGCAGGACAUGGAAUCAGUCAAGUUGAUUUACAAGUGGGUGGAGUUUGAUGUCAGUUAAUUUACAGGUGGGCGGGGUUUGGUGGCAGUUGUUUACAAGUAGGUGGGGCUUAAGCUCAGUCAGUUGAUUUAUGAGUGGGUGGGGCAUGGAAUCAGUCAAGCUGAUUUACAAGUGGGUGGGGUUUGGUGUCACCUGAUUUACAAGUAGGCAGGGCUUGGGGUCAGCUAAUUUCAGACUGUUACAUUUUCAUUUCCCCUUUUCAUUUAUUCUCUAUCUCUCUGUCUCUUGUCUUCAUCUCUUUAUUUUUUCUCCUUUGUUUCUCUUAUUUGCAUAUUUUUAAUUACUUUACCCCAGAUUACCCUCCACGAAGAGAUUGAUUUAUUGCAAUAUUAAAAACCAGUUCCUCUGGUACCUUAAAGGGUUCUUUGCUUUGUUCCUAAGUAGAAUGGCUUUAGAAAGUGAGAACUCAAGUGGAACCUCUAUUUCUGAGAGUAUAGUUUGGGUCUUGAGAGGUUAAAGGAACAGUUCAGUCAGUAAAAUUUCUUGAAAUGUUAUGAGUUUGAAUUUUUCUUCUUUAGUUUUAUCACAGCACCUGCGAUGCUUCUGUUGCUAAUGAGUAACAGAAGUUCAUGGCCACCAGAUUAGCUAAGUAGUUUCUGACUUUAUAAACAGGGAUAAAGGCACAGAGAGUAAAACAGAGGCAGCCAAAAUCACUUCCUUCCUCAGCACACAGUUUGGUGUCACUCCAUACCAGCGGCAGACUCAGAUAGGGAGCAUGGCCUAACAUCUGAGGGUGGAGCUUGAACACUGGAAGUAUUUAAUAUGAUAAUAAUAAUGCUCUAAUUUAAUUUGCAUGUUUAUCAUUAAUGUUAUUGAACCAAACAACAACCACUGAGGUAAGUGUGUGGUGAUUUAAACCUGCUGUUUGCAGAGCAUUCUUCUGAGCAACAUUAGCAUUAGCUUCAUAUAGCUUUAGUAGAACCUCACAUGGCUGAUUGAGUACGUUAAGCUAACGGAGUGUUUCUUUUUUUUUGCGGAACUGUUCCUUUCACCUCAGUUCUGUCAUCAUCCAUUGCUUUAUUUCAAGCUUCAGACUGGACUCCGGAGGUCCAAAGCCAAAUAAUGAGUGAUUUCUUUCUUUAAAAAGAAAAAAAUAUAAACUAAAACAUGAUAUUGUUUGUGUGUGUGUGUUCUUUGUAGGCUAAAACCUGCUGUUCUAGAGCAGUGUGUAAUGAUUCCUGUACAGAUCAGGGUGUAAAUGAACUCCUCUGUAUCUUCUCCUUUUUCUAAUGCACGUUUCUCUUUAACUGAUUCAUUAAUCAUCUCCAAGCUUUUUUUAACCAGCACUCGACUCACAUAUGUACCGUCACACAUGGAGAGACGGCCAUGAACUUUAACCUGAACGGCAUGCUAACGGCGUUUAAUCUGCACUUAAUGAGGAAAAUGUAUUUUUUAUUUUGCUUUGAUGUGUUGAAUCGAUGAAUCGAUAAAUCAGUGAAUCGGUUCACUUUGUGUUUGUGAUGAUGAACACUGAAUGAGGGCUCUGGAGCUGUUUGGUAUGUUAAAGUUAUGUACAAGUUUGACUUUUUGACAUUAAAAUCUCUUUUAAACUUC